AUGUCUAAGCGAAAAAGACAAGAUAGUUCUGGUGAAUAUCCAGAGCAAAAGAAAAUCUCGACUCGAGACGAAUCGCUGUAUUUGGACACCGUCAACAGAAAAAUACUUGAUUUCGACUACGAGAAGGUCUGUUGCGUCUCGCUGUCCAGCACAAAUAUCUAUGGCUGUCUGGUUUGCAACAAAUACUUCAGAGGCCGGUCAAUGGACUCGGAGUGCUUUCUGCACUCAAUAAACGACGACCACCACGUUUUUGUCAAUUUCGAUACACUCACGUUCCAUAUCCUGCCGGAGAACUACAAAUUGGACGAGCAGGCAGCUUCUUCUUUGGACGACAUUCGACGCCAAAUUAACCCGACAUAUAAGGACCUCAAAGACGUCUAUCACGACAAAUCGCUCAAAAGGGAUCUUGCUGGCCGAGAGUACCGUCCUGGGUUUGUUGGAUUUAGCAAUUUCGGGGCUAACGACUACUCGAACGUGAUUUUGCAAGCCCUGGCACACGUUCCUCCCUUGAGAGAUUAUCUGCUGCUGUAUCCAGAAAAACUUCACAAAACCAAGCUGGUGGGCAAGCUUUCCCUAUUGAUGAGGAAGAUGUACUCUCCAAACCUGUUCAAGUCCCACCUUUCCGCUCACGAACUAAUGCAAUACGUAUCCUCGUUGACCAAUAAGAGAUUUUCUCUGCACCACGAGAGCGAGCCCAAGGACUUUCUCAUGUGGCUGUUCAACAACAUGCACAAAGAACUGGUUUCAGAGCUUCAAAAUAAUCUAGUAUCGUCGAUAUUACAGGGAAAAGUGGAGCUUCCAUCUGAAAAGUCCAAGUUUUGGAUGCUCACAUUGACAUUGCCGCCAGUGACUCUGUUCAAAGAUGGCGCCAAGCUGGAGAUCCCGCAGGUGGCGAUUGAAGACCUGUUCGCGGCGAAAAGGUACAAAAUAGCCAGAGCACCGCAGUUUCUGACUCUCUAUAUCAAGAGAAAAGACGAUACACAGAAAAUCGCAGGCGUAAACGGAUCCAACAUCAAUCCAACGGUGGUGAAAUUUAAUCCGUCGCAACUAAAAGUCGACACCCAUACCUACAAACUCAUAGCGAACGUGGUGUAUAGCAGCGGCCAAAGCGAAAAUUACAGCCUGGAGAGCGAGAACCAGGCUCACUACAAAAUACAGGUUCUCGAUGAGGUGCGCAACGAAUGGCUCGAGAUCGAUGACCUCAAGGUCAGACUCAUUGAAAAAGACCUCCUGUUUCUCAACCAGACGUAUUUGCAAAUUUGGCAAAAGAUAGCAUAG